UGCAAUGAAAACCUAACAAUGAAUCACUGAGCUGCGAGAGGUGACAAACUGAAGGCCUGACCACAGGUGCUGCUGUCAUCAUCCUCAAAAUGACACGCCAUGUUCCGGAAAGUGCGACCCUCUUUAAUCGACCGCAGCGCAGAGCUGCGCGUCAUUUUGUGAAUUUCAAAGCAGCGACUGGGCAGCGCGGUGGACCGUCGGACUGUCUGCCAUUUUCUCCCAGACGUUUUCCAGGCAAGUUCAUUUUCAGUGAUGGCAGUGCCAGGGUCAGGUGGAUCUAUCCUGCUGGCCUGGGUUUCCAUUUUUCUUUGCUGCAUCAACCACCUGGAUGGUUGCACAACCGGCACACCCAACGAAUGCAAAGAAGCCGACUUUGUGCCAGGUUACAACCUGGCGGGAGAAGGCUUUGAUGUGGUCAAAAUGCAGCGCAAAGGCUCCUAUGUGAUCAACACCAACGACUGGAAGAAAAAGGACCGGACCUGUACCAUCUGCAAGAACAGCCUGAUGGACAAUGCCAUGCAGAAGCUGCCCCUUUCCAUGAUCGACUGGCGGGUGGCUCCCUUGUGUAAUAACAAGUUGUCCAGCACGGUCUAUCAGUCAAGUGAAAGCCUGGUGAGCUCCAGCACCUCAAGCAUAGAGAACAACUGGAAAGUUGAACUGAACAUCAAGGUCAAACCUGAACUGGAAGGGCGUCUCAUGAUUGGGGGAACUCAGUCGAAACUUUCUGAAUAUACGAUGGAGAAGUCCAAGAGUGACAAGUAUGCCUUCACGAGCCACGAAGUGUCCUGCCGAUAUUACAGUUACAGGGUGGUGGCAGAGCCAAAGCUUCACCCCGAAUUCCAGCGUACACUGAAGAAGCUGCCGAAGGUUUUCGAUGAAAACAGCAAGAAGGCAUAUGAAAAAGUCAUCGAAACGUUUGGCACACAUUACAUCAAACAGGUUCAACUGGGAGGAAAGGUCAGGAGUGUCACCUCCAUUCAGACUUGUAAAGCUGCUUUAAAAGGUCUGAACGUGGACGACGUCAAAGACUGCCUGGAUGCUGAAGCCUCCGCGACUGUCGGGGACAAGGCUAACAUGAGAAGUGAAGUUCACCACUGCAAAGAGUCCAAAAAGAAAGACGAAUCCCAGCAAAGCUUCCACAACACCUUCAACGAUCGUGAAACCCAAGUGUUUGGUGGCAAAUUCUCCAGCCCCGACUUGCUCUUCUCCGCAUCCACGGAACCCAGUGCUUAUCAAGAGUGGCUCGAAAGCCUCAGGACCCAACCAGACGUCAUCUCCUACUCUCUGGAGCCCCUGUCCAGUCUGGUCCGCUUCAAAGGCCCCCUGAAAGAAAAUCUACGACAAGCUGUGAGCCACUAUGUCCUGGAGAAUGCCCUCCUGAAGAACUGCUCGAGCGCUUGUGCGGUGGGAAGCAGAAGUCCGGCACGGGAUUCAUGCAACUGUGUCUGUCACAGCAACAAUAUGGUCAACUGCAUGUGUUGUCCCACCCAAAAGGGUCUCGCUAAGAUUACUGUGACUGUCAAGAGGGCGACUGGGCUCUGGGGGGACUACCACAGUCAAACAGACGCCUUUGUAAAGGUUUUUCUGGACCAACGGGUCGAAACCACUAACGUGAUCAUGGAAACAAAUGACCCCAGGUGGAACCGCCAGUUCGAUAUGGGAUAUGUUAGUCUUGCAAUGGUAGGCCAGCUGAAGUUUGAAGUUUGGGAUGAAGACAACAAGUGGGAUGAUGACCUCCUGGGCAGCUGUACCGUGCCUCUUGAGCAGGGGCCGAAGGAGUCUCUCUGCACCCUGAACCACGGCUCUCUCUAUUAUUCAUACAAGGUGGAGUGUGGGCCGAGCCUGGGGGGAGGGAAGUGCGCCGAUUACAUCGCCAGUCCCAUGCAAACCAACCUGAAGAAUAUCUUCGUGUCUAGAAACGCUGUGCGGGUCCCCCAAAAGGUCCUCUUGUCAAUGGGGGUCGGCUUCGUCAGCGCGGCUGCUAAUGCCAGCAACAGCGUGUCAGGGACGGAGGACCAUUGAAAGAUCACAAAACAGAAGACCAUUCGGCGAUGACUUCUUACUUCUUCUUCUUUUACUCUUCAUAAAACAAAUAAAUCUGGAGCAGAAGAUCAAAUCUGAAUGCAUGUUUAACAAAUGAAACGCAGCUUGGAAGGAACAGCCCUGGAGAUCAAAUUGAACGUCAGCCUCUUCAUCUAAUUGCUCUUCUGUGAAAGUUUCCUACUUGGGGGGCCAAAUUAGCCAGCGACUGUCUGCAGCAACAGGCCUGCAGCUGGCGGCACUUGAAACUUCUGAAACAGCCUGCAAAUAGGACCACCAGACCUGGUCAUUGAGGGGCAGGAGUGCAGUGGACGGAAAAAGGAGCAACAUCUGAGCUUCUUUGAGACAAAUAUAGAAAUGAGUGACUGCCUGUCUGAUGUUGUACUAAUGAAAUCUAUCUAUCUAUCUAUCUCUUAUAUAGUGCCUUUCAUAUCUAUCUAUCUCUAUCAUGUAGUGCCUUUCAUGUCUAUCUAUCUAUCUAUCUAUCUAUCUAUCUAUCUAUCUAUCUAUCUAUCUAUCUAUCUAUCUAUCUGUCUGUCUGUCUGUCUGUCUAUUAUAUAGUGCCUUUCAUAUCUAUCUAUCUAUCUAUCUAUCUAUCUAUCUAUCUAUCUAUCUAUCUAUCUAUCUAUCUGUCUGUCUGUCUGUCUGUCUGUCUGUCUAUUAUAUAGUGCCUUUCAUAUCUAUCUAUCUAUCUAUCUAUCUAUCUAUCUAUCUAUCUAUCUAUCUAUCUAUCUAUCUAUCUAUCUAUCUAUCUAUCUAAUCCUCCCUACUAUACCAAAUUCUAUCUAUCUAUCUAUCUAUCUAUCUAUCUAUCUAUCUAUCUAUCUAUCUAUCUAUCUAUCUAUCUAAUAUCUGUUAUUUAGCACUGUACAAAAGUCUGAGCACGCUGUCUUCAGCGUCAUCACGUUCACUGGUUAUGUUUGAGCAUGCGCAGGUGUUAUUUUUGUGUCUGAUGCGCAGAAACGCUGGCUGUUUUUUUUUUGUUUUUUUUUUGUUUGUUUGUUAUUUUUUACUUUGUGUGCGUCUGUUUGAUGUAUGUUAUACGCUUUGUUUGUAAUUUUAUUAGAAAAAGAACAGUUUUUCUGCAAUUAAUGAUAAAGCUCUUAACGACAUAUUCAGGUAACCCUUUAUGUCAAAAAUGUGUUUCAGUUUAACGUUUAAAACUGUAUAAAGUACGCUCCGAAAUGUUGUUUCUUUAUUAAUAUAUUAGAGCUUCUAGAGAACAGACUUGGUAAUGGCAGUUUAAGUAGUGAUUUGUUCGAGUCUGUGCAGGGCUAACGUAUUUGGAAACUUUUAUUCAGCGCCUUUGCCAACGGCGGCACGUCAUAGCGCUCUGUUAAUGUCUGCCGCCAUCUACUGACCUUUUUGGGUAUUACUAGUUUUUAGCAUUCUGUGGGCUUUUAUUUUUGUGACAGUUAUUUUAUGUUAUUUUAUUUGUUCUAUUUCAGAAACCACACUCAUUUAUCUGCAUAUAGAUAUUUAGCUCUGCAAAGCCAUUGUAACGAAUCCUUCCUUUGCAAAGUUCAGCAGCUAAUUGAGUCAUUCUACAUUAAUUCUGGUCUGCUUCUUCCUUCUUAUCAGAGAUUAGGAUUUGGUGCCACAUACACACCAGUUUGACACACGCACUGUUUAACAAGCACCUUUCUGUUUUUGUCAUAUAGUACCUUUCACAUUUAUUUAUUAAAUCAUAUCUACUUCAUCUACUAAUCAAUUAUAUAGUGCCUUUCACAUCUAUUUAUUUUAUAGUGCCUUCCACAUAACCAUUUUACUUUACUCUAUCUAAUCUGCAUUUCUAAUGUUAUAGAAUUAUUUAUUUCAUUGUGUAUUUUACCUGUCCAUCAUUCUGUCUUUUAUGUAGCACAUCUGACUGUUUUCUAUAUAAUGACAUCCACAUAAUUACAUCUGUCUCUCCAUUAAAUAGUGUCAUUCACAUCUAUUAUGUAGUGCCUUUUUCAUCUAUUACUUUUAUAGUGCCAUUCUCUUAUUUUUAUUAUAUAGUGUUUUGUAAAUCUAUCUGAUAUAUAGUGCAUUUCUAUAUAUCUGUUUCUCAUAGUGUCACGAAUAUCUGUUAUAUAGUGCCUUUCACACCUACCUGUUAUUUAAUGCUUUCAUAUCUAUAGGGUGGUCCAGAUCUAAUUAUGCAAUUUUCAUUACGCUGUAACUUAAGUUUAUUACAUAGAGAAUUCACAGCACCUGCCCUGCUCAUAGAGAAUUCACUUAAAAUUCUUUUUGUUGCCGAUAGAUGGCAGCACUUGCCCUGCAUUCCAAAAUGGCGCACUGUCGCAUAAUUAGAUCUGGACCACCCUGUAUUAUAGAGUGCCUUCUGCAUCUCUCUAUUAUAUAGUCAAUUUCACAAUAAUCUAUUUGUUAUAUAGUGCCUUUAACUGUCUCUUACAUAGUGAGAUUUCCAGAUCUAUUAGUUAUGUGGUGCUUUUCACAUUCAUCUCAUAUAUUGUUCCUCCCACAGUUUAUUUUAAUAUAAUGCCUUUCAUAUCUAUCUAGCAAUUUUUAUAAUGUACCUUUAACAUCUAUCUAUCUAUCUAUCUAUCUAUCUAUCUAUCUAUCUAUCUAUCUAUCUAUCUAUCUAUCUAUCUAUCUAUCUAUCUAUCUAUCUAUCUAUCUAUUAUAGUGUCUUUUGCAAUCUGUCUGCUUUCAUUUUCUUGAAUAAUGGAAAAAAAAAGCAAUGAGGAUCAAACAGAGGGAAUCUUAUUAAACAACAGACACAGAAGAGAUGAUUAUAGGGAGUAACAAAGUGCUAAAGACAACUUCACUGUUUUAUGUUUCCAAACAUGGCUGAGCUUUUGAGUAUAUUCUGUUUUUUAUAACAGUAUUCUUAUAUAUUAUGUCUUAAUAAAAUUAAUUAAUAUUUAAAA